AUGAAGAGGCUAGACUCAUGCAACCGUGACUUCAUGGCUGAAGGGUUCAAACAAGCUCAUAUCAUGGUAGACUUGAUCGCCGACUACUACAAGAACAUCGAGGAGUAUCCCGUCCACAGUGUCGUCAAGCCAGGAUAUCUCCUGCAAACCCUGCCAGCCUCGGCUACUGAGCUCGAGACGGUGGUCAUGGACUGGCUUGCCAGCCUCCUUAAGCUGCCCUCGUCUUUCAUGUUCGCCGGUGGCAACGGCGGCGGCGGUGUCAUCCAUGGCACCACCAGUGAGGUCAUGUUGUGUACAGUCAUUGCUGCUCGCGAGCGCGCGCUCAACCGGAUCGGCGGCACCAGUGGGAGCCGUCUAGUCGUGUACGCCUCCGAUCAGACUCACUCCACAUUGGCCAAGGCAUGUAAGCUUGCCGGGAUUGCACCAAGCAACAUCCGGGCGCUGCCAACGUCAACCAGCCAUGACUUCGCGCUCUCAUCCAGCUUGGUCCGAGCAGCCAUGCAAGCAGAGGAUGAAGGUGGAGGCGGGGCGGAAGCGAACCGGGAGCUGAUGGAGGCUGUGAACCGGACCGGGAAGGCGUACACGACUCACACGGUGGUGGGCGGCGGCUACGUGCUCCGGUUCGCGGUGGGCGCGUCGCUGACGGAGGAGCGGCACGUGGAUGGUGCGUGGUCGCUGGUUCAGGAGAAGGCGAAGGAGUUGAUGAGUGGUGCAGGACUCGAUCGUCGUGGUGGAGAGUGA